CUCGACUCUCUCGAGACACCACCACAUCCACUACACACACUCGUAUCUCUAAAAGGGCGCGAUCUCGACGUUACCAUCAGACUCGACUCGACCCCGGCCACUCGCCACAUACAAAAGAAUCGCGCACCGCGCCAAAAGCACCCACACACCACAUCUACGAAAACUAGCACCGACACAAUGGCCGCCGUCAACGACCCCAUGGCCGCGUUCCAGGGCGAGGGCUCGAGCUCCAACCCCGCCGCCGAGGUCCAGGUCGACCUGACCAAGCUCACGGCGCUGAGCCCCGAGGUUAUCUCCAAGCAGGCCACGAUUAACAUCGGCACCAUCGGCCAUGUCGCGCACGGAAAGUCGUCGACCGUCCGCGCCAUCUCGGGCGUGCAGACUGUCCGUUUCAAGAACGAGCUUGAGCGUAACAUUACCAUCAAGCUGGGUUACGCCAACGCCAAAAUCUACAAGUGCCAGAACCCCGCAUGCCCUCCCCCCACCUGCUACCGCUCGUACCCCUCGUCCAAGGAGAACAACCCCAAGUGCGAGAGGCCAGGCUGUGACGGCCGCCUCGAGCUGAUCCGCCACGUCUCCUUUGUCGACUGCCCCGGUCACGACAUUCUCAUGGCUACCAUGCUUACCGGUGCCGCCGUCAUGGACGGUGCUCUCCUCCUGAUCGCUGGUAACGAAUCAUGCCCCCAGCCCCAAACAGGAGAGCACUUGGCUGCCCUCGAGAUUAUCGGUAUCGACCCCCACAACAUUGUCAUUCUCCAGAACAAGAUGGACUUGGUGCGCGAGACCGAGGCCGUCGAGCACUCGGAGCAGAUCCGCAAGUUUGUCGAGGGUACCACCGCCCGCCUUGCCCCCAUCAUCCCCGUUUCCGCCCAGCUCAAGUUCAACAUUGACGCCGUCGUCAUGGCCCUUGCCAAGAUUGAGCCCCCCAAACACGACUUCACUGCCGACCCCCGCAUGGUCGUUAUCCGUUCAUUCGACGUCAACAAGCCCGGUGCAACCGUCGACGAGCUCAAGGGUGGUGUUGCCGGUGGUUCGAUUAUCCAGGGUGUGUUCAAGGUUGGCCAGGAGGUCGAGAUCCGCCCAGGAAUCAUCACCCGUGACGCUACCGGAACCUGCACUUGCCGUCCCCUCAUCUCCAAGAUCCAGUCGCUCCACGCCGAGCAGAACCACCUCCAGUUCGCUGUCCCUGGUGGUCUUAUUGGUGUCGGAACCCUCGUCGACCCUGCACUCUGCCGUGCCGACCGUCUGCUCGGCAUGGUCAUGUCCGCCGUCGGCAAGGGCCCCAGCAUCUACAUUGAGAUCAAGGCCGAGGUCUUCCUUCUCCGUCGUUUGCUCGGUGUCAAGACCGACGACAGCAAGAAGGCCAAGGUCUCCAAGCUUACUGUCGGCGAGACCCUGUUCGUCAACAUUGGUGCCUCGCAGACUGGUGGUCGCAUCCUCGCCGUCAAGGGCGGCGAUGUCACCAUUGGCCUCACCACCCCUGCCUGUACCGAGAAGGGUGAGAAGAUUGCCCUCUCGCGCCGUAUCGACAAGCACUGGCGUCUUAUCGGUUGGGGCAAGGUCAAGAGCGGUGGUGUUCUUGCCGAGGUUCGUGAUGACUAGAGGAGCCGAGUGUACGUAGAGUAGACGGCAGAUUAGGACCGCGCAUACUGGCACGCAGCCUGGGCUUGUAGCGACAUGCACUGCAUCAUAACGCGGGAUGUGGGCAACGGACAAAGCCAGUUGUGCUGCGUGCGCAGUACCAUCAUUCGAGUCUGUAUCAGAUUGAUAUGCAAUGUAUGCUUGAGA